CGGCCGCGGCCGCUCCCGCCUGGAGCCGCCGCGCGCCUCCAGCCCCCCGGCGCCGCCUCGGCCCCUCGCCUUCCUCUUCCCGGCGCGGCCCCCCGGCUUCCGCGCGCCGCCCGCCACCAACCCGCUGGCCACCAUGUCGGUGGAGCUGGAGGAGGCCCUACCGCCGACGAGCGCCGAGGGGGCGGCCCGGAAGGCGGCCAAGGCGGGCGGCCCUGCGGCGCCGUCCCCUUCCAGGAAGAGGAAGAGCAGGAAGAAGAACCAACCGGGCAAGUACAGCCAGCUGGUGGUGGAGACGAUCCGCAGGCUGGGCGAGCGCGGCGGCUCGUCGCUGGCCCGGAUCUACGCGGAGGCCAAGAAGGUGGCGUGGUUCGAUCAGCAGAACGGGCGCACCUACCUCAAGUACUCGAUCCGGGCGCUGGUGCAGAACGACACGCUGCUGCAGGUGAAGGGCACCGGCGCCAACGGCUCGUUCAAGCUGAACCGCAAGAAGCUGGAGGGCGGCUCGGAGCGACGCGGGGUCCCCGCGGCCGCCGCCAGCCCCGCGCCCGGCGCGCACAGGGCCGGGAAGGCGGCGGCCGGCGGACGCGCGGACAGGAAGCCGGCCAGGGCGGCGAAGCCCGAGAGUCGCGCGCACAAGAAGGGCAAGGGCGGCGCGGCCAAGAAGGCGGCGGCCGCCGGGGCCAAGAAGGUGAAGAAGGCGGCCAAGCCCAGCGUCCCCAAGGUGCCGAAGGGCCGCAAGUGAGCGCGACAGACCCGAACGCCCCUGUCCCGUGGCCUACUGGCAUUUCGGUUUCUCCACCCCACUGCGUUCGGUUCUGUACGGUCCGGCCCGGCCCGCGCCGGCCUGGUACCCUUGCCCCCGCCCCUCCCCCCGCCCAGCGAUGUCGCCUUCUGUUGUUUGCUUUAGGUUUUUGAAACGGCCCUGGCGACGCCCCCAUUGGCUCUCGCCCUUGGCAACGGCCGUCGCCAUAGUUACCGGCCCUGCGGCGCCAAUGGCCUGACGGCGCCCGGGCCGCGGCUGUCCACCCCAAACCUUGUGCGUGCAACGCCCCCCUCCGCGCGUCGGUCUCCUGGGGCGCAAUAAAGUGUUCA